AAAGUAUGAUGUAAUCAAUAUCUUUCAAAAACAAGUAUUUUUGUUUUCGCGUACCACAUUCAUACAACAGUGGUUUGGUUUUUUAAAAACCUUGUUGUACACAAAAUGGAAUACAAGCGGAAGAAAAGAACUAAAUAUGAAAACGAAGAACCCGAUGAUGCGGAUCAAACAUCUAAAAUGUCUAUUAAAACAUCUGAGAAUAAAAAAUUGUGGAGCAGUUUUAUUGAUGUAGCAAGAAGUGGGUUUUGGAAAAACGCAACUAAUUUCAUGCGACGGGGCAACAAUAAUGCAAAAAGAAGAAAACUAGCCGACGAUAGUGAUGAAAAACACUCUACGCUUACAAAUAACAUUGAUGUAAUAAGAAGUCCACGAUAUAUCGCCGAUGGGAGUGGAAUGUACGUUUCGACAGAAAUGUACGAUGCAACAGAAACAGCAUUUAUUUUAACUCAAAAAAUUGUUGGAUGGAAAGUUUGAUUGUUAACUGUUUUUAUAAACGUAGAUUGUAUAUUUUUGAGUGUAUAAACAAUUAACUUUAAUUUUAA